GGGUACACAGUAGACAGAGAUUCACCCCAGCAGGAGGAGAGCCUGGCUCCUCUAGAGGAGCACGUGGUUGCCUCUGAAGGAAGUUUGGAUCUUAAUAGCCAAGAAGAGGCAGGCUGGGCAGACCUGUGCAGAAUGAAGAUGGGGGAGGGUGGCCCGAAGACCCAAAGGAGAAGGGUGCUGUGUGGAAGUGCUGCUGCUGCUGGUGGCUGCGGAGCUGCCCCUGGGUGGCGGCUGCCCGCGGGACUGCGUGUGCUACCCAGCGCCCAUGACGGUCAGCUGCCAGGCGCACAACUUUGCGGCCAUCCCGGAGGGCAUCCCAGUGGACAGCGAGCGCGUCUUCCUGCAGAACAACCGCAUUAGCCUGCUGCAGCCGGGCCACCUCAGCCCCGCCAUGGUCACGCUCUGGGUCUAUUCCAACAACAUCACCCAUAUCCACCCCGGCACCUUCGAGGGCCUCGUGCACCUGGAGGAGCUGGACCUCGGCGACAACCGGCAGCUGCGGACGCUGGAGCCCGAGACCUUCCAGGGCCUGGUCAAGCUCCACGCCCUCUACCUCUACAAGUGCGGGCUGAGCGCCCUGCCGGCCGGCGUCUUUGGCGGCCUGCACAGCCUGCAGUACCUCUACCUGCAGGACAACCACAUCGAGUACCUCCAGGACGACAUCUUCGUGGACCUGGUCAACCUCAGCCACCUGUUUCUCCAUGGCAACAAGCUGUGGAGCCUGGGCCCGGGCACCUUCCGGGGCCUGGUGAACCUGGACCGGCUGCUGCUGCACGAGAACCGGCUGCAGUGGGUGCACCACAAGGCAUUCCACGACCUGCGCCGGCUGACCACACUCUUUCUCUUCAACAACAGCCUGGCGGAGCUGCAGGGUGCAUGCCUGGCCCCGCUGGGGGCCCUGGAGUUCCUCCGUCUCAACGGCAACCCCUGGGACUGUGGCUGCCGAGCGCGCUCCCUCUGGGAGUGGCUGCAGCGGUUCCGGGGCUCCAGCUCCGCUGUCCCCUGCCUGUCCCCCGCGCGGCGGCACGGCCAGGACCUGAAGCUGCUGAGGGCCGAGGACUUCCGGAACUGCACGGGACCAGCGUCCCCGCACCAGAUCAAGUCGCACACGCUCACCACCACGGACAGGGCCGCCCGCAAGGGCCACCACUUGCCCCACGCCCCCACCAGGGGCAAGGGCCACCUGCCCGGCUCCCGGCCCGGCCACAGGAAGCCGGGCAAGAACUGCACCAGCUACAGGAACCGCAACCAGAUCUCUAAGGCGGGCGGCGGGAAGCAGGCCCCCGAGCUGCCAGACUAUGCCCCCGACUACCAGCACAAGCUUGACUUCGACAUCAUGCCCACCGCCCGGCCCAAGAGGAAGGGCAAGUGUGCCCGCAGGACCCCCAUCCGUGCCCCCAGCGGGGUGCAGCAGGCCUCCUCGGGCCGUUCACUGGGGGCCUCCCUCCUGGCCUGGAUUCUGGGGCUGGCGGUCACUCUCCGCUGAGAGCCCAGGGCGUCAGCACCCAGCACUGCCACGUGUCCACCAAGGAACAGAAUUUAUUUUCUUCUUUUUUUCCUAGUGGAAGAUCUGCUGGGUUUCAGGGAAAGGCCGGUGGAGGUGUCUUCACGCGGCUGCUGUCUGGACCCUGCCAUGUGGAUUGUAAACCCAAAGUGUACAGCCCUAGGCGGAAGGGGAUUGGCACGUCUCACCCGGCGGUCCCCGCCAGCCCCGCAGAGCACCCACGGACAGCGUCCACUCCAGCAAGGCGGUGAAAGUCACGCCGAGUGCAUCCUUCACUAGCGACAAUGGGACAAUCGCCCCUAACGGCGGCGUCGGGGCUCUGCGGAAUCCCGAUCGUCUGGAGAGGUCUGGAGGGCCCCAUGGUUCCUGGAGAAAGCAGGAGGCAGAGAGGAACAAACGAGGCGCACCCAGGAGGCUGGGCGGCCGCAGUCUGGGCACACACGAGCAGGUGGCAUCCUGGCUGUUUCCUGAGGCCACUUAGUCACCCUGCCCUGAAUCCUACUGGACUCCACCUUCAGCCCCUCCCUGGGGGCAGCACCUCUCCUUCCUGAUGUCUCAGGCAACCCUGGCAGGCCCAGGCCCAACUGCUGGGGUCCAAGAACCAAUUACCAAAGGAAAGAUCAUCAGAGGCUGAAAUUCAAACUUCAUCCCGGGCAAUGAGGUUCUCACAGAAGGUGCAGUUUUAUAACUACGUCCACUUAUAUAUACUCACAAUCUACAUAUAUAUACACAAAUGCACAGGUCCUCCCUCCCACUCCAUCACCUAACUGUAUGACUUUCCAUGUUUAUAAACUAUCCAGAAAACUGAAUUUGCUGAGCUAAGGAUUGUGUCGGUGAUUUCUAGCAAGAACAAAGUGAUAGAAUUUUUGUCUAGAAUCCCAGCCUGGCUUGCCAGGGAUUGGGCAGGUGUCAGUGGGGAGGGUGAGGAAGGGGUGGCAGCAAGAGUCACUUUGGGGGACCAAUAUUCUUAGAUAUUUACAGCAUCACCUUGUUGUCGUAUGCAACACAAGCCUGUCUGCCACCCUGGAGCACCCUGUCACCUCUGCUGUACUAGCUGUGGGCUUCAGGGUGAGAAGUGAGAGGCAGCUUGUUGGAUGUCAGGGAGCCAGGCCCUGAGGGCCAGCAAGACAGGAGGGGAGGGAAGGGCUUUUGGAUCUGGAAGCCGGCAGGCCAGGCAGCAUCCAUAGUGUUAGUCCAGCGGGUUGGACGGUGUCGGCAGCCUAGCGUUUGGCCAGGGACGGCCUGGACACGCCAAGAGACUCAGGCUUGAGCCAAGGCCUCCCGCACGGCUCAACUGCUGAACGUUUCCUUGAGGUUCUUCAGUGGACGGCCCAGGAAGGGCCCUGUGCAGGGCAGCAGGAGGAGGCAUCAGGGGUCCUUAGCAGAAGGGAAACGAUGAGGGCAUUUCAUGAACCAUCUCAGGCACCCAGCCCUCCCAGCCCUCCUGGGGAUGCUCAGGGUGCAGGCAGAGGCUGGGGAGGCCAGACUCAGGGGUCAGGAGCAGGGACGGGCACCACCCAGGGACUGGGGCAGGUGAGCCCGGACAGGGAAGAGGCACUCAGAUCAAAGCCAGCCAUGCCGCUGGCCAGGGGCCCAGGUGGGCACAAGCUCCUUUGCGCUUUGCACAAACCUGAAUCCCCCACCAGAGAGGAUGUGUGUGAGGAGCGAGAAACGCCGAAUCCAAUUAAGAGAAAAAUAACAAUAACAAUAAAUGAUCUUGGACAAGAA